GUCCAGUCACUCGGACCGCUGUGUCGGCAUCCCCUCCGCAACUGCCCAGGUGCGGUCUGUGUGCCCGGUCGCGCCCAUAUUUCCGGGUAGGUAUACGCGUCAUCCGCCAUCGCGAACGGCAAGUUUUCGUGUACGUGCGCGCCAUCACAACGGUGCUCCCACGUGCUGUGCUCCACAGCGGCAAGAAAAGAAAACGUUCGAGUGAAAGCAUUGGAGUUCUGCCAUCCCACUUUCCUUUGAGAAUGCUGCGCCGUAGUACCGCCACGUCACAGCUGCAGCUCAGCCUGGCGGCCGCCAGCGCCACGCGAUCGUGCGGGCCGGCAGCCCUCCACGGCCCCACAAGAGCCCUCUUUGACAACCUAAAGAAGCAGCUUGGUGUCGUGGCGGGCAACAGCAGCGGCAGCUCUGCAGGGGAGCCAAACGCGCCACCUGGCUUUCCGCCCGGGUUCAACGCCCAGCAGAUGCAGACGCUGCAGCAGCUCUUCAACAGCCAGCCGAAGGAAAAGCAAGCUCAGCUGAUGACGCAGGCGAUGGAGAUGCAAAAGAUGAUGAGUCGGAUCCCUGGCAUGGGGAAGAUGGCGCAGAAGAACGCCGCAAUGCUGGAGCAGAUGCUGAAGAUGCAGGGCGCUGCUCCCGCUGCGGCAGCGGCACCGGCCAGCAACGACAACAGCGGCCCGACAGCGCCGCCGUCAUCUGCGCGUCGUGAUCUCUUUCGUGAUGCCACCACCGCAACACCCAACAAACCCCGCUCUGGGCCCUCGCUGGACGAGCUAAAGAAGGUGAACCUCGGGCCUGAAAUCGAGGCCCUGUUCGACGAACUCCGCACCACUCGUCAGCGCAAGAACGAAUACCGUGAUAAGUACCACGCGGCGCAAUCCUCCCUGGACGAGCUGCGCAAGGCGCACAACGACCUCGCCGCACGAGAGACGAACGUGCGUGGUAAGCUGGCAAAGGCAGAGCAGGAUGUCAUGCUCCUGACUUCUGAGAACAUGGAACUGCGCGACAGCAGCAAGGCAGUGAAGCAGCUCACCCACACGAACCGGCAGCUGAAGCACGAGGUGGACCAGUUGAGGUCGGCCGCGCAGGCGAGCGCCGCACCCGGCACAGCCUCCUACGCCGCCCUCAAGCAGCGGCACCGCGCUACUGAGGACGCCCUACGGUCGCUGCAGCGCAAAGUUGAUCGCAUGCGCCGUCGCGAUCCGCUGUUGCAGUUCUCACUGGCCUGCAGUGAUGUCAGUCGUCUGUGCACGUCGAUUCGCGCAGACGACCACUUCAGCAGUAGUGGUGGUGGUGGUGAGAGUAGUGCCGCUGCUGGUGGCGGUGGAGGUAGUAGCAAUGCGAAGGAAGCGCUUGGUGAGGCAGGACAGGAGGCGGCGGAGCAGGCCUUUGCGGAUCUGCAGCGCAUCUACCUCCAGCGACUGCAGGAGGCGUGGACGGCAGCGGGGCACGAGCACGGCGCUGCUGCACGCGCGUACGUGGCGGUCGUGCGGCGGUACGUCAUGACCCGCGUUCCGCACGCCAACUACGACGCCGUGGUGUCCUUCACGGGUGAUGUGGCGGCCCUGCGCGCGGUGUUCACGGGCGUCGGAUUUACUGUGGAGUCCAUCCCAGGUGACGGCAACAGGGUGCACGUGGUGGCGGCGGCCGGAGCGGCGCCGUGGACAGAUAUGCCUGGUCCGUACGGGUACGCGUUUGCGCUCCGCCUGUCAGCCGCUGGUGAUCCGCCAAACAGCAGCAGCAGCAGUAGCGGGACUGGGGGGAGGGCCGCGUUUACCGUGACGAGCGCGCAUCCCUUCGUCUCUGCCACGCUGAUGCACAACGACAAGCGCUGCGGCGUGCAGUACGAGACGGCCCGCGCCAGCGGCCCUGGCGGGCAGGCGACGAACGUUAGCGAGACGCAGGUCUACGCGAAGUGCAGCAUCGACGGUGUGCCAGCCUUCACCGCCGAGUCGCAGGACUCGCGCAGCGCCAUGAGCAACAAGGAGGCGGCGCUUGAGAAGCUGCGUCAGCAGCGCCGGCAGCAGUACAACGACACGCUGGCGAAGCAGGAGAAGGCAGAGGCGGUGCAAGCGCAGUUGGUCGAGGCCGUGCGUGGACAGGGCGGGCUGACGAUGGAUGAGGAGGUGCUGCGGCUGGUGCAGGAGGCCGCGGCGGCGAGGCAAAUCACCGCAGGGGACGCGGCGCUGGUGACGAUGAUGCGGGAGCUGAGCCGCAGUGCCGCGUCGACAAUUUAA